AUGCACUUCACCUCUUCCAUCUUGGCCCUCGCAGCCGCCUUUUGCGCCUUGAGCUCCACCACAUCUGCCUCUCCAGCCGCUUUUGAGGGUGUUGCUCAUCUUCCUCGUCGUGACCAGGCUCCAGUGUACAAGACUUGCCACAAGUCCGACUCGGUCGCUCUGACCUUUGACGAUGGACCUUGGAAGUGGGAGACUUCCAUCGUCGACCAGCUCGACAACGCAGGCGCCAAAGGUGAGCAACGUACAGAUGCACGCGAUGUGCAAGAAUCCAUAUUCACCUUUCACUUUUGACGUCGCUCUUGCAGGAUCCUUCUUCGUGAAUGGAAACAACUAUGGUAAGUGAACACUUCGCUCUUUGGAGAUGGGUGGAGCGUACGCUGAUUUAGAUGAUCUCCAAUGCUACACAGGCUGCAUCUACGACAACAUGCAAGUCAAGUCUCUUCGUCACGCCUUCAACCAGGGUCACCUCAUCGGCUCUCACGGCUGGGAGCACCAAGACUUUUCCCAGCUCUCUCGUGAUCAAAUCAACACUCUUUUGCACAAAAACGAGGUGGCCUUUAAGCGCAUUCUGGGCGUCAAGCCCCUCUACUUCCGUCCUCCUUACGGAAACCUCAACGAUCAAGUCUUGAGCGUUCUGGCCGAGCGCGGUUACCGCGGCGUCUUUCUUUGGGACAAGGACACCGAGGAUGCGGAUGGUGCGGGUGUUGCCCAUGGAAAAGGCGUCUACAACAGCAUCACGCGCAACGCGCCCAAGAGCAGACUUGUACUCAACCACGAGACGAUCAAGGCAACCUCUCACACCGUUGUGCCUUACGCACUUCAACACCUCAGCAACAAGGGCUUCCGUCUCGUCACUGCUACCGAGUGCAACGGGCUUGGCGACUCUCCUAACGACUGGUACGACUUUGUCGGUGGCAAGGAGUCCCGCAACGACAAGUGGCAAUGCUGA